AUGGCAAAUCAACGCUGCGAGGAAGAUUUCGCAAAGGCUUGGCGGUUCAUGUCGCUCGUUGCGGAUGAGUGCAAGGUCAAGAAGCAUCAUCCGAGUUGGUCGAAUCUGUAUAAUAGGGUCGAGAUUGAGUGGACUACGCAUAAGCCCGAGGGAUUGAGUAUCAAGGAUGUGGACAUGGCCGAGUUCUGCGACCGGAAGGCGGCGGAGAUUGGACUGAAGGAACCGGAGUGA